AUGGGUGUCCCAUUCGAGGCUCUGCUGCCCUACGCCAUUAUGACGGGCUUCUUCGCAUUCAGCGCUGUGUCUGUCGGAAAGCUCAAGGAGAUGCAGAACGGAGGAAAGAAGACAAGGAGGGGUAUCGAUGCAUGGGACAGGCAAAUGAUGGAGCGCGACCGCCGACUGACCGGAUUCAUGCGCGGACAGACAGACAAGCCGGUUGCUCCGGAAGGCUUCGAGCUCAACAACCCAUGGAGGUGCGAGCAACGAUUCAUCUAA